AUGCCUGCACACCCGCUGCAACCCCGUGCCUCCGGUCCGCCCGCAGUGGCAAAGGACAAGAGCGAGAAGAAGGAAAAGAAGGUGAAGACACCCAAGGCCGAGAAGACGGUGGUGGUUGCAGACACUGCCGCCCUGGAGGCUGCAGAUGAGUUCAAGCGUGCAAAUGUGUGUGCCAUUGCCAAGCCGCUGGCCAACGAGAAGCUCGCCAAGAAGGUCCUGAAGCUGGCGAAGAAGGCGGCCAAGCGGAAGCAGAUCAAGAGGGGGGUGAAGGAGGUGAUCAAGGCCAUCCGCAAGGCCAACAAGGGCGUGGUCAUCAUCGCGGGCGACAUCUCCCCCAUCGACGUCAUCACCCCGCUGCCCGUGCUGUGUGAGGACGCCGACAUCCCCUACAUCUAUGUGCCCUCCAAGGAGGAGCUGGGAGCAGCAGGAUUGACCAAGCGGCCGACAUCCUGCAUGCUAGUGCUGCCCAAGCCGAUCAAGGGGGCACCUGCUGUGACCGAGGAGGAUGGCUUUGACGCCGCAUUUGAUGAGGCAAGGCCACAGGGUUCCGUGUUGGUGUCUUGCAGCCUCAAAAAGGAACUCAUGACACAGCUGUGUGCGGUUUUAGGGGUAGUAACACAAGAUGCUGGCGUAGCAUGGCCUCCUCUCAGUCUGUUCCACCGUGCACUCUCUCCACUCCAGGUCCUUACCCAAGUGAAGGCCGUGCAGCCAGUCUUUUGA